GCGUGGUGCUGUGCUGUCUCGCCCCUCUCUCUCUGUCUGAGCGUCACAGUUCUACGCUACAGUAGGUUGCUCUCUCUCCAUUCCUCCCAUCUGGCGGACUGACUGGCCCAUCGCAGUCGUCUCUCUGGUCGCCCUGAGCAGUCUGCCGACACACAGACCCCUGGCAGUGUGCUGAAACCUAGAGGGAUGGAGACAGACCCUGCCUUGGAGACAUGCACUGAGAGCAGAGCAGAGACAGGGGGAGAGGAGACACGAGAGGGACCUAUCACAAGGCCCAGCCCCCUGUCCCCCAAUAGGUCUACAGCUGCUCUCACUCCUACAGCACUCACCUCUACUCCCCCUCAGCUUACUUCCUCCUGCCCUCCUAAACUCACCCCUGCCCCCAAUCCCUCUUCUAGUACACUCAUCCUCACCCCUACAUUCACACCCUUUUCCUCCUCUACACCCACCCCCAAUCCACCUAAACUGACCCCCACCCCCUCAUCCCCCCCCACACUCACCCAUAAAACACCCCCUACCCUCACCUCUACAGUACUCAACCCCACCCCAACAUUUACACCUACUGCUCCCUCACUUACUCCCAACCCCCUCACCUCUAAAAUACUCACCCCCAGACUUACUCUCCCCACACUCACACCCACUCUACCUAUACUCAAGCAUUCCUCGUCUCCCUCCCCUACUAAACUCACUCACAAACCUGCUCCUCUCCCCCUCACUCCCCCACCCUCACCCCUACUGCCCCUCUACUCACCCACUCUCCCUCCCCUCCCUCCCCCACUGUAUCUGCCAUCCCUUCUCUGCCCCCCUCUGUAACCCAUGGCAAAAUGUCCUUUGCUCCUGGGUCUUCCUUCUUCCUGACCAAUGGGAAUGCAAGGCCACCCACCACGCCCACCUCUCCACCAAUCACGCCUUUCCAUACCCCAGCCAGCAGACAGGUUCCUCUUCCUCGCCCCCUGGGUACGCCCACUCUGGUGCAAGCAAAUCAGAGCAUCUCGCCUGUUAGACCGAGGGUAUCCCAGCAGGCCUUGCUCCUGGGUCGGAGUCCUUGUUCGAGCCGAGACCAGAUGCUGCUCAGGGCCCAGAUGCUGAUUUUCACCUCUACGGUACGGCCUGUCUCUUCCUCUUCCUCUCACCCUGCCUCCGCUCAGCUCCAGAGUCUAACCCUGCGCCCCUCUUCUCCCGGCACUCUCACAAUUCCCCCCUCUUUACGUCUCAAACCUCCCUACUCCUCCCUCUCUCCUAUCUCUCGUCCCCUUACACCCCUUUUCCCCCCUCUCCGGCCACGCACCCAGCCCAGUUCCAUGGCAACAGACAGACAGACCCCACCUACCCGGCGCCUCUCAGUCCCGCCUCCAACUCUCUACACUUCUGUGCGUUCUGUCCCUCUGAGACCCAGACUUCAUUCUCCAAACGGCCACAGAGUGGUGCCCUCGAGACACAGCCCCGCCAUGCGACCAUUUGCUGCUGCUGCUGCCCAUCAGGCCCUACCCAUCAGACAGUGUACAGUACCAGCCACCAGUCUGUCAUCUCAAAGCCCGCCCACACAGUCCACCCCUGGCCAAUCGCAGCUCAACUCAGGCUCUAGGCCCCUUCCCUUGGGUUCUUCCUGUUUUGAUCGGUUACCGCCGGCAUCAAGGCAGCUGCAAAUGAUUGCCCUCUCCGCUGGCUCCACCAGCCGCUUCAGCAGCCAAACACGGCCUGCAGCCAACACACACACCCCAGCUUCUGUCCAAUCAAAGUGCCUGGUUCUUGAGUCCCCACCUCCUCAGCUCGAUGCCCAACCACAGAGGACUUCUGACCACACCUCUCCCCCUCCCACCUCCUCCAUCCACAAAGCCAACUCACCCCUACCAUACCCCCAUUAUCAGGCCAGACACAUUCAGUCAAAAGGAGAAGUGGGUAGACAGGGAGUAAGGGAGGAGAGAGAGCGGGUGGGGGGAGAGGAAGAAAAGAUGGGGGAAAUUGAAGAGGGGCAGAGGGAUAAAGAGAGGGUGGCAGGAGAGAGAAAGGUAACAGGAGAGAAAAUAGGUAUUGUUGAGAAGAGAGCAGAGGGAGAGAAGGAGGACCAGAGAGAUAAAGAGGAGGACCAGAGAGAUGGAGAGAAGGAGGACCAGAGAGAUAGAGAGAAGGAGGACCAGAGAGAUAGAGAGAAGGAGGACCAGAGAGAUAGAGAGAAGGAGGACCAAAGAGAUAGAGAGAGGGUGGGAGAGAAGGGAUUGCUGACAAGAAAGGAGAAAGGAGAGGCUGGAGGAGAGGAAGAAUGGAUGGAGAGAGGUAAACAAUAUGAGAGACUGAGACUGAUGACAGGAAUAGAGGAGGACGGGGAGGAAAGGAUGAAGAUAGAGCGAGAGGAGCAGAGAGAAAGGAUGGAUGUAGAGGAGGAAGAGCCGGGACAGAAAGAUGCGAUGAAAGGAGAGAAGGAGGUGGGGACUACCACUGACGAGGACAGUCCGAUAGACCCUCACCCCAAUGCAGACCCGGCUACUCAGAAUCACAUACACUUUGAUGCCCCCUCACACACACCUCAUAACCCCACCACUCAGAACGACCACCCCCUCCCCUCAGGUUACUCCAUAGACCUCCAGAGACCAUUGGACUGUCCCAUAGAGCGACCCCCAGACCUACCCCACAAGGACCAAGAGGACUUCUGUGAGAACAUGUCCACUCAGUCUGACAACCACUCAGUCUUGUCCAGUCUCUCCUCUCAGUCUCCCCCUGCCUCACCCUGCCUCACCCCUCCAUCUGACUUCCCUCCUCCUCUCCUGCCUGUUAGCCCCUCCCACUCAGAGACCCUCAGCCUAUCACAGAGCCGUACUGAGACCCUUAGCCUAUCAGAGCGCGAGCCUUGGACACAGAGGGUGUGGCCAGAGGGCGGGAGGCGUGUCUUAACUCACCUGGUGGAGGGCUUCGUCAUACAAGAGGGUCUGCAGGCGUUCCCGGUGAACCGCUCAUCUCUGUUGUUGGGAGGGCAGGAGGGUGUCUCCCAGAAUGGGAACACAGAGGGAGCGGAGUUAUUACCAUUGACAGACACACCAGAGCCACCGGAACAUUCCAGCGAAUCAGAACGAGUGGGUGUGGCCACAGAUGACCCGCUGACAGGUACCAGAGAGAGACAGAGGGGGGUGUUACAGUGUGAGUCUUGUGGGAAGAGAGGCCAUGCCCACUCCUUCCACCGCUCCAAAAGAUACUGCUCCACUUCCUGUGCCCGCAGGCUUAAUGUAGGGAUGUCUAAACGUCUGCGUGCUCUGAGUGCAGGCAGCCAGCCAGAGGGGCGGCGCUCUGAGAUAAACAAGGAGGAGUCUGUUCCUGGGAAGCCCCUCUUACUGCGACUGCCCCGCGAAAUAUGGAGCGCCCAUCGCCGUGACUACGAAGGGGAAGAAGGGCAUGCUGUUCCCAUAACAACCAGGCUGGAGCGCAGAGCUGCACGGAGGGCAAGGAGGGCAUCAGAGCCAGCGAUGACCCCUAGUAACCCCACCGUGACCUCUACUGAACCCACACCUGCACAGUGGAGUGUAGAGCAAGUCUGGGACUUUAUACACACACUGCCAGGUUGUGUGGAUGUUGCAGAGGCGUUCCGUGUUCAGGAGAUAGACGGCCAGGCCCUGCUGCUGCUCACUGAGGACCACCUGAUGACCAGCAUGAACAUCAAACUGGGACCAGCGCUCAAGAUCUGUGCCCACAUCAACACACUCAGACACACAUAGAGAGGGAGAGAUGGAGGUGUGGUGGGACGGUGGGUGGAGGAGAAUAUAGAGAGGGGGAAAAAGGGAGGGGUGGUGGGACGGUCUAAGGCACUGCAUCACAGUGCUUGAGGCGUCACGACAGACCCGGGUUCGUUCCCAGGCUGUGUCACAACCGGCCUUUGACCGGGAGUCCAAUAGGGCGGCAAACAAUUGGCCCAGCAAUGUCCGGGUUAGGGGAGGGUUUGGCCGGCGGUGCUUUACUUGGCUCAUCGUGCUCUAGGGACUCCUUAUGGCGGGCCGAGCGCCUGCAAGCUGACUUCGGUAGUCAGUUGAACAGUGUUUUCUCCAACACAUUGGUGCAACUGGCUUCCAGGUUCAGCGGGCGGGUGUUAAGAAACGCGGUUUGGUGGGUCAUGUUUCGGAGGACGCAUGACUUGACCUUUGUCUCUCCCGAGCCCUUUUUGGAGUUGCAGCAAUGAGACAAGAUUGUAAUUGGAUAUCACGAAAUUGGGAAGAAAAGGGGGUAAAAAACGAAAGAAAAAGUGAGGGAAAAUAGUGAUUGAUAGACGGGAGAAAAGAGAGAGGCGAGCGGAGAAGGGGGGGAAACAAGAAAUCAAUUCAAGAGAUUAUCAACUGAGAGCAAUCAGUGAGAGAGGUAGGGGGAUUUUGUUAUAUUCUGUUGUGUCUAUGUACAUAUUUUACAAUGCAGUCUAUUAUUAUUGGUUGUAAAUCUUAAACAUUUUCAUGAAGGAUUGUAAUAUACAGUAUGUAUUUGUCUGUUUGGUGAUUAUUUUAGAAUGUGGUGUCACAUGAAAACUGUCAAAUCUGUUUUGAUUUUACACAGCUGAUACACAGAUUUUUUUGUAUCACUGUGUGGAAAAUAAGGUCUUAACUAAAGAAAUUAUUACGUUUUAUAUAUGAUCUAUAUGGUCUUGUUUGUCUCAUAACCAUGUCGUUUUGUGAGAUUUCUGAAUUUCUUUCUCUUAUCCUUCCUAUUCAAACUCUGUAAUAAAUUAAAUGAACUUUAUUGCCUGGG